AUGACAACCAACAUCUCUAAUCUACGCAUCGGGCACCUGAACGUCAGGGGCCUGGAGCAUAACAUUGACGGAAUUAAACUUCUUCUCGACGCCUGCCAGUACCACAUCUUUGCCGUGAGUGAAACCAAAAUGAAGAGCUCCUCUCCAGUAGGACCGGUGCGCGUCCCCGGCUACAACUUUGUCAAACACUCACUACCUGCUGGUCGUGGCCGUGGGUCACGGGCCUGUGGAGGAGUUGGAUUCUACGUCCGGAAAGGUCUCAAGGUAACGCCGAUAAUAAAGUCAACCCACGACGUCUCGCUGCCAAUCGCUUCGAGGGUGGAGUACCUUGCGCUUCAACUCAAGGUUGGGGAGUCAAACAUCGCGGUCAUCGUCCUUUACAACCCCACUGGAGCGAAUCCGGCGUUCAGCCAGAACUAUGAAAAGCUGCUGCUGGACCUGCUUGAUUUUGAGUGCGACCGGACUUUCGUCCUAGGGGACUUCAACAUCAACGUUGCCUCCAAUCAACCGUCCGCCAACCUCACCUCGCUGAAGCAGAUCAACACGACCUUCAACCUGACGGUGCUUGAGACUGACCACACAAGAAUUACCGACACAUCCUCAACAACGAUCGAUCUGAUGAUCACAGAUUGUCCGCAGCUCAUCAAAAAAGCCAAAGCUUCUCCCGCCAGCACCAUCUCGGACCACGAGGUGAUCUAUCUCUUGGCUGACGUCAGGAUACGGAAACCGGUUCAGCGGACGGUUCGAGUGCAUAAUUUUCGGAACGUCGACGCGCUUCAGCUUCAAGCUGAUUUUCAAGACCAAGAUUUUCGACCGUUUUUUGAAGCCGAGGACGUCAACGACAAAACCGACCUGCUAACAGUGCUAACCACCAAGAUCACCUAUCUGCUGGACACGCACGCCCCGGAAAGAACCAUCUCCGUGCGCGACGAGCGUACUCCGUGGAUAACACCUCAAAUCAAACGAGCAACUACACUGAGAGAUCUAACCUUUAAGCUCUACUCGCGUAAUCCCAACAGGAGAAGAGGUGAUGAUCAGUGGCUGGAGUACUUGCGCUUACGUGACCGCGCAGGCACGUUGAUCUCUGUAGCAAAGAAGCCCUACGCCGACCAGCAUUUCGGCCACGAUCGUCCCGCCAAGAAGCUGUGGAGUAACCUCAAGCGUGAAGGCAUCCACAAUCCGUCGAAGCAGAGCUCUUCCGCUGAUGAGAUUGACGCGGACGAACUCAACGGCUUUUUCGCAGAAGGUCACCGGCGACUCGGAGCAGGCCGCGAUAGCACCGCACCACCAAGAGAACCGAGCCACCGGACAGCGGUGGAUCACGGAGCAAACGAGUUCAAUUUCCGACGCACAAACGUUGACGAAGUCUGCCGGAAGAUAUUUGACAUACACACGAAUGCCGUGGAUUGCUCUGCCCCUUCGUGCUCCCGAUUCUGUCCCAUCUCUUCAACGCCGUCAUCUCUGCCCAAGCCUUUCCAGCCUCGUGGAAAAAAGCCAUCAUCACGCCCAUCCCCAAGCCCAGUACUGCCAAAGGACUUUCGCCCCAUUAGCGUCCUUCCUGCAAUUUCGAAAGUGCUGGAGAAGAUCUUGCUGGAUCAGAUUACCGACCACCUGGACAACCCUAACAACCGCCUGCUUGCUCGUCACCAAUCUGGUUACAGAAAAGGAUAUGGCACCACAACUGCACUGGCGAAGGUAACGCACGAUGUGUACAGCAACCUGGACGACAACCGCUGCACAGUGAUGGUUUUGGAGGACUUCUCGCUAGCGUUCAACUGUGUUGACCAUCGCCUGCUGGGACAGAAGCUCAACGGCGAAUUUCACUUCUCAAGAUCGGCGUGCAGGCUUGUCUCGUCAUUCCUCGGGCAGAGAUCACAAUCCGUGCGCCACCGCGAUACUGUAUCCUCGCUUGUAAUUAACAGCCUGCCCUCCGUUCUGCAGUGCAGCUAUCAGCUGUACGCAGACGAUCUGCAAAUAUACACAUCUGGACCGGUUUCCGAAAUCAACAAGCUGAUUAAAAAGAUCAACGAAGACCUGGAAGCCAUCACACGCUGGGCGAAGGCCAACUGCCUCUAUCCGAAUCCCAAGAAAACACAAGCAAUUGUCUUCUGUCGGAACGGGACGGUUGAGCCUCAAGAAGAGAUCGUCUUCAGCGGGGAAACUGUGCAGCUGUCCAGUACGGUGACUAACCUCGGACUCCAGAUGGACAGGAACAUGACGUGGGUGCGGCAAGUGAACGACGUGGUGCAGAGAGCGUUCAACACGUUGAGAACAUUCCGGAGAUUCGCUGCGGUUCUUUCUACGGCGACUCGACGCAAGCUGGUCCAAGCCGUCGUGAUGCCCAUCUUCACAUACUGUGACGUUGUGUACCACCACGGCCUCUCCGCGGCGCUGAAAGAGCAGCUGAAUCGCUGUUUCAAGUCGGCGGUGCGCUUCGUGUACAAUCUCCGGCGCCGAGAGACAACCGCCGCGGUCCGGAACAGCAUCUUUGGGCACGACCUGCUGGCCAACUACAAAAUUCGAUCCUGCUGCUUCAUCAAACGGGGGUAUGACGGCAACCUACCAGACUACCUACAAGAACAUCUCGUGCACGGGCAACAACAACGAACGCGAAACUUAUCAUCCCAAGGCACACCACUUCGAGCGGCAAAAGCGUGUUGGUCGCUGGAGCCUCGUGCUGGAAUCACCUUCCCUUAG